UCUAUUAAGAGAACCAGCAUUAAGUGUGGUCUUAAAAUGAAUCUUCUAAUUGCAAUUAUUUUGUUGAUCUUCAUGGUGGCUGCUUUUGCAGCAGAUUCGCCCUUGAGUCCAGUGAAGGGAUUCGUGGACUUUGAGGAUAUUGACGAUGUGGCGAAAACUGAAUCUAAAGGCGUUACUUAUGUUCCAAUCAUCACAGCCGCGCCGAUUUCAAUUACGACAACUGGCUUUACAAGUAAAUCUACCUCAGACGGAUUAUCAACAACGAUUUCCACAACAGGGACGCCGGCAUCUACUCACUCUUCAACGUCUGCUAUAACAACUGAUUCCAACAUUUCCCAUUCAACCACCAAUGAUCCCAACACAGAUGAAUCUACCACAACAGAUUCUGCGACCGAAUUUUCAACCACAACUCAAGCUUCCACGAGAGUUCCAGAAACAACAGUUUUCACCACAUCUUCCUCAGAAACAACAGAAUCCAGAACUUUUCCAUCGACAACUGAUUCCGCCACACCCUCUUCAACGACAACACAAUCCACACCUUCUCCAUCAACAACUGAUUCCACCACAAACGAUUCUACGACUACUGAAACCACAAGUGUUCCGACCACAUCUUCUCCACCUGAUUCAACAACUGAUUUCAGCCUAACAUCUUCAUCGUCAACUGAUUCUACCACAAGCGAUUUUAUGCCUAAAGAAACUACGACAUCAGCUUCCACCACGAAUUCUGGGACUUCAGCAGCUACUUCGACCACAACUGAUUCUUCUCCAAACACAUCUGACUUCACCACGACAGAAUCUAGCACUGAGUUUUCCACGGCUACUACAAGCACAUCAAUUAACACCAGCACCCCGUCUUUAUCAACAACGGCAUCCACAACACUUCGUUCAACAACAGAUAACACCACAACCUCGGAUUCAACGGAAGAUACUACGACCACCACAACUGAAUCAACUACAACCACUGAACAACCAACAGAAGAAGAAAGGAUUCUUGCACUCCUGGCUCAAAACUCAGAAGCCCUCGCUCUGUCCAAUACUCAGCUUGAUGCUGUCAGCACAAUUAACUGGAAAAUAGACGCUGAACUGGACAACCAGGCGGAAUAUCUUGACAUAAUUGAAGCCACCGAGGGGUUUAUCCAUAAACAGAGCCAGGAACUCUUGCCGUGGGAAGCGAAACUUCUUCGUGGCGUUGUCACCUCUAUUCAGAAAAUAGACUUAUUUGCCAACCGAUCAAUUGAAACCGUAUCCGAUUUAGUUAGACUCCAAAAGGUGAAUCAGGAUCGUGUAAGGAACCUCGGAGUCAAACUUAACGCUACCCAAGGACAAAUCCUGCGCAGCACCAAAAGAUUGGAUGGCAGACUCAACUUUGUGAACCAACUUCUCCUUGGAUAUAUCGUGCCUAAAGUAAAUAGCUUAAGGGAUUCGGUUGCUAAUCUAAACAUCUCGCAAGUGAAUUCUCAAAUCGAACUAAAGAACGUUCCUGAGGUUAGAAAUCUUACGAAAACUUCCAUCACAAAACUGUCAGCCUUGAAUAACCACUUGGCUUUGUUCAACCAGACCCAAGAAAAUAGAUUUUAUCCCUUAGAAGCCACUAUUAAGGCCUGGACCCCUACUAAUUUCAAUGCGAUCAAUGAGUUAGCUCAAGCUUUAAGCAUUUCGCAAAAGCGCACCGAUUUGGCAAUUGCCAUUAGCGGAUCUCCAAAGUAUAAUAGUAACACCUAUCCCACACAUUUUGUAAGUUAUAAUGACGUUAAAGAUAUCAACCCAAGAGGGAACACUAGAACCACACAGAUCUUAGGUGGUGAGUAUAAGCCCGUGGAUGCUUCAUGGAAUGUUGUGGCACCAGCAUAAAUAAACUAAAGCUACUUGAAAUGGGAAUCGAAUCAUGAUAACUGAAUGGAACCUGAAUUAGUAUAAGUUUCUUUUAUUUUAUGUUAUUUUAUAAAUAGUAAUUUAAAUUCCCUAAAUUGGAGCAAUUUAUCACACUCAUCUGAAAUAAAAAUACUGGGAAAAUGCA